CCGUCUCUCCGGCGAUCUCCGCCGCCUCCCUCCGCCUCUCCCGUCUCCCCCAUCCGAAGCCGCGUCCAGCUCGGUCGCCUGAUUCAGCGGAAGAAACCGCUGGGGUUCGACGGGAGGGUUGGCGCUGAGAUUGCGUUACGGUGCUCCGCGGUGACUACAAUCGGAGAGAGCGAGUUCUCGGGUGAGGUUUUGGGGUCGGAGGUGCCGGUGCUGGUUGAGUUCGUGGCGGAGUGGUGCGGGCCGUGCCGGUUGAUCUCGCCCGGCAUCGAUUGGGCGUCUCAGGAAUACAAAGACAAGUUAAAGAUCGUCAAGAUUGAUCACGAUGCAAAUCCCCAGUUAAUUGAAGAGUACAAAGUAUAUGGCUUGCCAUGUUUGAUUCUCUUCAAAGAUGGGAAAGAGGUUCCGGAAAGUCGACGUGAAGGAGCGAUUACAAAGGUUAAGCUGAAAGAAUACUUGGACUCCCUACUGGGGUCUACAACUGUUGUCUAAUUGACUACUUUGUAUAUCAGUAUAUCUUUGUAUACUUUGGUGAUUUAAUUCAUCUGUGAAGUUGUAAACUACUAGGCUUCAUGUGUCAGAGGAAUCAGUGAAAAUGGUGUAUACCAAUUAAAUUUGAGAUCUUCCCAUGGAAAUUAUGUAUAGCGUAACUUGAGAAUGGACAAUGACCUGAAUUUCUGCA